AGUGACGUCAGCACGCCGGUUGACGUAGCGACGGCGGCGCGGUAGGGGGUGGAGGCCUUGUCGUCGGCGGGGCCGGAGAUGGUACAGUUGUUGCUGUGCAGUUGGAUGCUGCUGAAUAGCGAUUUUAUGAGCUUGCUGUUCAAUCUGUCUGUUGUUCAAAAUGGCGAAGAACCCUAAUUUUCAGGAAGCUGGUCAUCUGCCUACAGGCUACAUCCACUGUAGAUCUUCAGACAGCUUUAGUGGCUACCAAUAUCACCACCCCUCUAAGAUGAGUAACAGCCACCCGCUUCGCCCCUACACAGCUGUGGGAGAGAUUGACCACGUUCACAUCCUGUCAGAGCACAUUGGUGCUCUAAUGAAUGGGGAAGAAUAUAGUGAUGUUACCUUUAUUGUAGAAAAGAAACGCUUUCCAGCACACAGAGUGAUCUUGGCUGCAAGGUGCCACUAUUUCAGAGCAUUGUUGUAUGGUGGAAUGAGGGAGUCUCAGCCUGAAGCAGAAAUUCCUCUUGAUGAUACCACUGCAGAAGCAUUUACCAUGCUGUUGAAAUAUAUUUACACUGGUCGUGCUACACUACGUGAUGAGAAAGAGGAGGUUCUCUUAGACUUCCUAAGCCUAGCACAUAAAUAUGGGUUCCCAGAACUGGAGGAUUCCACAUCUGAAUAUCUUUGCACAAUACUUAAUAUUCAGAACGUCUGCAUGACAUUUGAUGUCGCCAGUCUGUAUUCCCUUCCCAAAUUAACUUGUAUGUGCUGUAUGUUCAUGGACAGAAAUGCUCAAGAAGUGCUCUCCAGUGAAGGCUUCCUGUCACUUUCAAAGGCUGCUCUUUUAAGUAUUGUACUGAGGGACUCAUUUGCAGCUCCUGAGAAAGAUAUUUUCCAAGCUUUGAUGAGCUGGUGUAAACAUAACCCCAAGGAAAACCAUGCUGAAAUCAUGCAAGCAGUCCGUUUGCCACUCAUGAGUCUUACAGAACUGCUAAAUGUUGUAAGGCCUUCGGGGUUGUUGUCACCUGAUGCCAUCCUAGAUGCCAUUAAGAUUCGUUCUGAAAGUCGGGACAUGGACCUCAACUACAGGGGCAUGUUAAUACCGGGGGAAAAUAUCGCAACGAUGAAGUAUGGAGCACAGGUUGUAAAAGGAGAGCUGAAGUCUGCUUUGUUAGAUGGGGACACUCAGAACUAUGACUUGGAUCACGGCUUCUCUCGACACCCAAUCGAUGACGACUGCCGUUCCGGAAUUGAAAUUAAGCUGGGACAGCCAUCAAUAAUCAACCACAUCCGAAUCCUCCUGUGGGACAGAGAUAGUCGGUCUUAUUCCUACUACAUUGAGGUGUCCAUGGAUGAGUUAGACUGGAUUCGGGUGAUCGAUCACUCUAAAUACCUCUGUCGGUCUUGGCAGAACCUCUAUUUUCCUGCCCGUGUCUGCAGGUACAUUCGAAUUGUUGGGACUCACAACACAGUGAACAAAGUUUUCCAUAUUGUGGCAUUUGAAUGCAUGUUCACAAACAAAACCUUUACUCUUGAGAAAGGUCUGAUAGUCCCCACUGAAAAUGUUGCAACAAUUGCAGACUGUGCCAGCGUGAUUGAGGGUGUAAGUCGCAGCCGGAAUGCCUUGUUGAAUGGAGACACAAAAAACUAUGACUGGGAUUCUGGGUACACGUGCCACCAGCUUGGGAGUGGAGCUAUCGUAGUACAGCUAGCACAGCCCUACAUGAUUGGAUCAAUACGGUUGCUGCUUUGGGACUGUGAUGAUCGGAGCUACAGUUACUACAUUGAGGUUUCAACAAAUCAGCAGCAGUGGACUAUGGUGGCUGAUCGCACAAAAAUUUCCUGCAAGUCCUGGCAAACAAUCACUUUUGAUAAACAGCCUGCAUCUUUUAUCAGAAUAGUUGGAACUCACAACACAGCUAAUGAGGUGUUUCACUGUGUGCAUUUUGAGUGCCCAGCACAAAACAGUACCCCCAAGGAUGAGAGUAGCAAGGAAGUGGCAACAACAGAGACUGGUGGACAACAGGUUGUUUCUCGCCCUGUUCGAGCUGCAAGCACCAGUUCCCUGCAUUCCCCUUCUGGAUCCACCUCGCGUUCACAUGCUCACCAACCAUAAAGGAAAUUGAAAGGGAGCUUUUGCAGCCCCACUGACACUGUAUGAAGUUAUUCAGAACCUUCUUAUGCUAGCACCUUUUCUUUCCUUUUCUCUGUGAACGAAGGGGACCAUGUCUGAAAGCUGGAAAUGCUGAAAUGGAGAAGGCUUUUUCCAAGGACAAGAAGAGACUGCUUCACUCUCCUCAAUUUGUUCAAAUCAGGCUAAUCUCUGAGGGGGGAGAAGAUAGGUCUUCAGUCUUCAUUAAAUACCCCAUUAACACCCUACCUCUCUAAUCUAACCAAGGCAAGGGAAAACAGAAGGAAAUAAGACAGAGCUAAAGUGGAAAUGUAAAAUGACACAAGUAAAAUGUAAGGCAUAUGAAAUAAUAUUUGUUUCUUGAAGGCUUCCAUGCAAAAAAAUUGUUUAUGAAACACAUCAGUCCAGAAUAUAUGUUAUUUUUAAAUGUUACUCUUCAUUGGUAUUCCUUUGUAACAAGUAGUCUGCUUUCUAAAUUGUUUUGACGCUGUAUUCCGUUUUAUCUCGUAUUUUUGGCUGUAGCAAAUGCUGUGCAGUAGAUUAAGGAAGCAUCAAACAUGUUUACCUGCUGAGAUGCAAAUUCCCUGUUCAUCAUGGGGUGACAAGAAAAGCUUUCAUGAUAUCAACAAACUAAUUAAUGGAUGCUAUAUUAAUCUUGACCUUAGCUGGCUUUUCAAAGUACAAAAUUCCAUUUCUUACACUCAAAAAGGAAAUUCCUAAAUCUUGUCUUGAGGAACAUAUUUUUCACUCGUGAAGGUGAUUACUUAUUUUUUACCUCUAAUUCUAAGAAAAAUUGCAUCAGAUCAUCAAAAACAUUUGGUUUAGAAAAAUGGAAUUUUGUCUGGUCGCUGGCAAGCACUUCUUUAGCAUACAAAAGAAGAAUUUGCAGAUACUUAUUUUUUUCCAAGCAAAAAAUGUUUUAGUCUAGAGCUAAAAUACAAAGGUUGUGUGUGCAUAAACAUUUCUCUUAAAUUUCAUAACAUACGAUGCUUUUCCACUGUGUUGUAAAAGAUCUGUCUGGCUCUUACUUUGCAAUCACAGAAUUUAUCCAUCUGUGUCUCUCUGAAUCACAUUGCCUGCUACUUUGCUUAUUCUGAGAGUUUCCACACUGAUGAUGGUACAGCUCAUAUUCUCCAGAGCUCUGUGACUUUAAGGAAGAGCUCUCUGUUGGUUUUCAGUAUUGGAUAAAGCACUUUUAUAUUGAGACAAAUGCAGAUGUAAUUGGCAAAAUCGAUUAGGGCACUUGUUACUCCUCACAAAGUAUAUUAUAUUGGAAAUGCCAGUUAUCCAGUAUUAUGAACUUGGAAUUUCCUGUGGUGACAAAUAGCCUUGUCAGAAGAAAACAAAGCUAGUGUAGGAUAAAUGUGGUUUUCCUUUGCAUAACUGAAGUGAUAAAAUGAGUUAUAUCAACAUAGAAAAUAGUAUGUUAAUUUAUCACGCUACUUAAUUUAAGAGAAUUUCCCUGUUGGAUACUGCUUGUGCUAAAAACAGGAAGAAAUAUAACAAGUGGUAGCAAUGAAUCAGUAGAAACUUCCAAGGAGAAAAGCUUCCUUUUUCUUGUUUCAAAUAAAAUUGAUUAGACUUUAUCAAUAGUAUUAUAGUAUUUUUCAUUGCCAAAUUGCAGCUGAGUUCUAACAUUUGCAUACAGCCCCCUUCCUCCCCACUUCUGUCUUCUGGCUUGUUAGCAUCUGUUGGUGAAAAUGUGUGCUAUCUUUCAUACGUGCCACAGCUGCCUCAGACACUGGGGAGUUCUGAGGCAGGAUAAUUCUCAUGCCAGCCAGCAAAGAGGUUUGCUUUUCUCAAGCUGUGGAUAAGCAAAGGGCAUAACUUCUUAGCUGUUAGUAAUCACCAUUUUAGAGAAUGCUUAAAAAUCUUUGGUUUUUUUUUUUUAAUUUUGUGCCAGCUUUUCUGAGUCUAUGCUCUCAGAGAAAGAACAGAAUUUUUAGUUUGCAAACUUUGAUGUGCACAAUUUAUUUUUAUGAUACAAAUAAGUCUUGUAGACUGUAGCCCACUGUACAUCUUUGUGAUCUUGUCCCAUGACUCGCUAUUGAACAGAAACGCCUCUUUACUUCCCAUGGCAUAAGCCCGCUGCCAAGAAUCAGAAUGAACAGAUCUGAGAAACUCCCAAGCAAAACCUGUCACAUCUUACAGACCCUCCAGUUCCCUCUUUCCACAAAUCAAUCAAAACAAAAAACAACUUUGUGCUGUCCCUUUAUACAGAGGAAUAGAAAUUGUCAAUAUUAGACUAAUUCUCAGUCACAUGUGGCCUUUCUUGCAGUCUUUAUUUUCUUCACUAAGAGUUGCACUUCAAACCUCCCACUGAGACGAGUCCAAUGCAGCCACAGAGCUCCCAGGCUUUUAAUACAAGCCCUGCCACAACUUCAGUUUGUAGUGGGAAUCCUUUGCAUUUAUUCAUAGCAAUAAUGUUGAGACGUUUAAGGGACCUGAUCUAACUCUGCUUGGUCUUCAACUACUGGCCAGUGCACACCCCUGUAUUGCCUAGUGUAGGUCUCUGUCUUAAAUAUUGUGUCAGCAACAUAACACUAGUGACAAAGGAAGAUUCUGCUCAGAACUGAUCUGUGGUUUAGUGUCAAUCUUCUCAUUCUUUCUAAUUAUUGUAUUUAUUGAUUCCCAAUUUCAGGUAUUGUUCUUAUAUAUUCUGAAAUUUGCUAUUUUCUAUUUUUUUCCAAUUUUUUUUUCCCUUUCCUUUUAUUAACUAAGUUGUGCUUUUACAGAUUAAUAUCAGGGUUUCUCAGUGUGAUGAAAGACUAUUAAGUAUUCAGAACAGGGGUAGAGCGGAACUGACCAGGUGCUCAUUGCUUUCUUGUCAGAAACUAAAAUAGACCUUUUGUUGGAUUUCUACAUAAUGGAACUAACUAUGCUGUCACUAUUGAACCAUUAUUUCUAUUUAGUAUUUCAAUAUCUUUUAAUUUCCCAGAUCUCAGUUUCUCAGUUUUUCUUCCAAAUGUUAAAUUCAGAGUUAGAUUCAACUCGUAUGGCACUCAGCAAUGUUCUUUCUAAAGUCUCUUUAAUUAAUUAACUUACUCCAAGCAUAUUGAAUAAAUCUUUAUUCACAGAAAUGCAUGGUCAAUUAUAACUCCUUAAAACUGAUUUAUCUAGGAAAAUUAUUUCUAAAUUGAGCAAAAAUUGUGCAGCUCUGUUUUCAAUCAUCUCUAAAACAAGUUCAAAUGGCACAUUAAAUGAAAUUACAAUGCAAGAAGUUAAUCCAAGUAAAAGAUAAUACAGAGGAGCAGUCACCGACUUUUUUUGAGAAGGAACUAUUCUUCAUUGCAGUUUUAUUCCUGUAGAGCUCAAUUUCUUUUCUUUUUACCCAUGGAAAUCAAGUUUUCUUGCUUAUUAUGACAACUCAUGAAAGAGCUCACUGCUUCUCUGCAUUGCUGAAAAGUUUAAAUUAAUUGAAUGCAUCUUCAUCUUUUCUAAUGAUAACAUUAGUGAAUUUUGCUUAGUAUCUGACUUAAUGAGAAUUUGUGUCCAUAAAGGAAAGCAAAAGGUGUCUGUAAUUGUUCCACUCUUAAGUAAGUUAAGUUUUCUAACCAAAUGCAUGCAAGCAUUUUCUCAUUAUUCAGCAGUGCUUUAUACAGCUCAAGUCAGUGUGAAAAUCAGAAGACAAAGUUAAUGCCAUUCUUAUUGCUAGUUGUGUGUUUGUAGUUCUGGUUAUACAGUGGUGCCUACCCAGAGACACUGAAUAAGGAAUUAGAUGUGAUUGCAAAGGAAGUAGACAUGCUGUACAUUGCAGUUCACUAUGAAAGUAUUAAUCGGUGUAUAUUUUGACAGGUGUUAUUAUACUGUCAAAUGGACAAGUGAACACUGUGGCAAUUUUUUGUUCUGGCUCAAGCAGUCAGCAAUUAAUCAGAGCCAGUAAGAGUUAGCAUAUUGAAGAGUAAAUAUUUAGGCUUCUGUGUCAUACCAUUUGCCAGAGGACUAAACCAUGCUGCAGAAGUAAUACUUUGUAGAUCCCAGAGAAUGCUCAAGGCCUGUUCCCUGUCCCCAUCUUGCAGUUAAUGAUGAAUUUAGGUUAGAAUCCUUAGUUCUAUCUGAACUUGUUGUUGUCAGUUGUACCAGUUUGCCCAUACAUAUAUACACUUAUAUGAGUUCCACAAAGCUUUGUUUGGGAUACAGAAAUGGAAGUCCUGGGUCUCAUUUUAGGAGUACCUAAACAUUCAUUCAUAUAUAUAUAUAUAGUACACAUAUGAAUAUGUACACACACACAUAUAUAUGUUAAAUUGAGCUAGUAGCUAUUUAUUUAGCUUUAAUUUAGAACAAGUUCUAAAGCCCAAAGCUAAAACAACAGAAAAAAGAAAUCUAUGUCGGGUAGUGUGAAGUGCUACCACUGUGGUAUGGCUGGAUGGCAGGAUGCUGGUGCUUGUGGGUAUUUAAAAAGUGCAAAUGCAAACAAGGUAUGGGGGAGCAGAUCCAAGUCUGGUUUUUGCCCACUUGUUAGGUAUUGGCAAUUUGGGUGCAGUGAGGUAGGUAAAACAGAGCAAGUUAAAUGCUCAUCUCAGAUAGGGGUGCAGUCCCAAGAACACACCUCUGUUCCUCAUUGCUGCUCUGUGUGCUCUGGCUUGCAGUUUGUACAGAGUGAGUCUUCAUAGAAUUUUUAUUAACUGCUGAAAAAACUCUACAGGCUUUUCAUGGGCUCCUCACAAGUUGUCAUUGCAAAGCUUUGGCUGAGCUAAUGUCAAAGUCUCAUCUGUAUUCCAUGAUAGAAUCUGGGUCUGUGUUUGAUUUUGAAAAUGCUCACUAGAAGAAUUGUUCUAAAUAGUUCUUAAGUCACUCUUAGGUCAACUUUAUCUAAGUAAAGAGGGCCCAAAUGAAAAAGCAGAGUUAUACAAGGAAACUACAGGUGCCUGACAUUUACCAAUAGACUGACUGCCAGUACAACUACAUGCCAGUUUUAUAAUACUGUAUGUGUUUAAUUACUAUGAUACAUACAAACGGUGAAAGGAAGUGAAGAAUUGGCUCUAUACAGGAUCACCCAAGCAAACAGCACAGAAUUACUUCUUUUCCCAUUGCUUCCAGCCUAAUAGAAUAAUACAACUUGGGAGGUUUUUGGGGGGAAGAAGAAAAAAAAAUAGUAUUUGAUUCAUUGCAUAAAUAUCAUAGAUAUCUAAGUUUGAAUCACUUUGGCUAAAAAUCUAAAUGAGGGGUGUCUUCACCCGGCACAGGUGUAAACUCACCUUUCCAGUGCCUCCUGCUACUUCAGGUCCUGGGCUAUUGCAGAGCAGGAGAGCUGCACUGUUGGUGCAGUGUAAGUACUUUUCGUCAUUAGACCUUUUACUCAUCUAUUUUGUAUUUAUCAUCUUGAAACCUCUUUUCUCUUUUGGCAGAUGCUCAUUCCUCAGUUGAAGAAGGUAACCUAGUUUUCAUCAUUUUCAGAAUUAUCCUGUAGCUCCUGAAAAUUGGCAGGUAGACAUCAACAACCUCAGUCUGUAUUGCAUAGUCAGAAGAAUUUACAAAACUCACCUGUGUGGUCUCUUACAGCAAAUGUGUGUCCAAAAUGUACCAGAUGACUCCUGGAAUAUCAAGUAAGUUGGGCAGUAUUGCUGUUCAGAUAACAGAUCAUGGGUCUAAAACUCUGUGCCACAUAGUGUAAGUGAAUAGCAGUAACCACAGCUGCUUUCUGUAGAGGAAGCAGGGAAUUUGCUCAUCUACCAGAAAGGGUUCAUUUCCCUCAUACUGCUUUUGGUUUACAUCACCUAUCUGUUCUCUCUGUGCUCCUGAGCUACAGUAACUAGGUGAUUUAUGACUAAAUCCUAGAAUCCAGUUAACAUUUUUAUCAAUAGAUAUUUUUUGUCUUUACAUGAAGAAUUUUAGAUUGUGCUUUUGGGGCAUGGUUAGGCUGCAGAAUUGUUUUUGUGGCAUCUCCUAUAGUUGUUGUGAGUUAUUUUCAUCUGAUGAAAGAGUAGAAUUCUUAAAAAAAAAUUUCUUAUAUAGAUUUGUCAUGCUGCAAAACAGCUUUUGAAACAAUCACAGCAGUUUCAUUCCUGGAGAAUAGAGAUGGUUUCCUAAUGUUCUCUACAGACCAGGAUCCCACCUGUAAGUAUGUUCAUGCCAUUUUUAAUAGCAAGAGCAGUGGUGUUGCAUGAUUUGGAUGUCACUUACUCAUCUUGAGAGGUAAAUACUUUGAAUUAAUGUUUUUAUUCAAUAAUACAAAGCUCAUGGGAGUUAGGUGAUUAGAUUAGAAGCUUAUCAUAGUGAGAACUGAGUUGCAAGGAGCAGUUUGGGAGAAAGACUGGUAUGGACUUGGGUGUGUGCAUCUGGGCAUAUAUAGCUAGGAAAACAAAUGUGUUACCUAAGCUGAAAUGACUAUUUGCAAAGAUGUGGUUCUGCAUGGCUUUUUUUUUUUCUAAUUUAUGGAAUUUUUUUAAGAAAUCUGUUACUCAUCUGAAUGUGAACUCUAAAAGAGGAAGAGAGAACAUAGGGGGCAAGGCCUUAGUAGUUUUUAUGGAAAGAGUAACAUGAACCUAUGAUUCUUGUGAUCUGAGCCAGUUCAGUUGCCAUUCCUCGCAACGCACCCUUUUUCCUAUAUGCUUCUCCCAGUCUGCUUUUUGCUCCUUUUAUGUUCUUCCUACAUAGCAUCCUAUCACCAUUGCUGUGGUGUUCCCUAGAACUUUCCGUCAAAUGGUGAUAUAUUAAGGAUUUGUAAAAUGUAUUUUUACCUCUUUGUGAUAUGUCUAAUAAAAAUACCCUCUUCCCAGUUCAUUCACAUCAGACUUUAAAGGCAACUACCUGUCAUACCUGUCAGGUGCUAGUGAGCAAAAUUUAAAUUUGGCUGUCUAUAGAUAUGGGAAAUACUACUCCUUUUGCAGAUUGUAUAUCUGCUUGUGCUCCAUUUGUUACCCACCAGAGAAAAAUCAGUAAGAGUUUUUCUAUGACUUCAGUAGUAGGUCAGGCUUCGUGCAGGCUUAUUUAAGUUAAUGUAACUUUUUUAAAUGUAACUUUUUCUCUUCCACCAUCAUGCGCCAUAUACAGGUGCAAUUUGUUAGCUGUGCAUUGCUCUUCGUGUUAGUUGUACGUAAGUGUUGUUUUCUAACUGCAUCAUCAAAAGUGAACCAUGGAAGAAUUUGUAAGUUUUCAGCAUUCCUGUUUGCACUGUUCCUGUUUGAACAGAAUUCCUAUUCAGCUGUCUGGGGAUUCUAACAUCACACUGAGCACACGGACCUAUUCUGAGAAGUACAGCAUUACUUCACAAUUCAAUGCCCAUGUCUAUUAACCUUGUCCAAUACCUUGGAAAAAUUUCUUUCAUUUCUGCUCUGCUCAAUUUCAUUAUUAUCACUGCUUUUCUCUCUGAAGUGAAUGUCUAUGUUAUUCCUUCAGAGUUCAUAAAUUAAUUAUAAGGAGCCAGGCUAAAUAGAAGUUCAGCUUAUAUUAAACUUUUUCUCUCCUUUCUGUCAGUACUUCUCUUGCUGACAGACAGUAGUUUAAAACCAAAUGCUUACACUCCCCUUCUAUGUAGCAGUUACUGGAUCUUGAAAGUUUUUUGUGUUAAAUCCCUUCUUUCUCAUAUUUCCUAAAUGUAGAUUGUUUCUAAACUACCUCAGACUUUAUUGUGAACAGGUACGAGUUUCAGCUGAAGUUUUCAGACUUUAUCAUGGUCUUUGUUCUUAAAGUGCAUGCAUAUGUAGUGAUAGCAGCCUGCCAGACCCUGGUUGCAUUUUCAGGAAUACUGUCUGUAGUGGGACAGGUAAUUGGGUUGAACUCACAGCCACACUCAUUCAAGCUCAUACUGAGACCUCUUUCAAGGAAGACUUUUCAAGACAGCAACUUGUGGUGCGGGAGGUGCUUUGGUUUUCUGUUCUCAGCUUUUGGAAGGAACAUGGUGCUGCCAGCACUGGACUGUUUUCACCUCUUUUACUGUGUCAACUGUCAAAAACAUUGCAUCAUCAGACCUCCAUUCCUGGCUGUUAGUCCUGCUAUUGCAUUGGACUUCCCUCAUCAAAUGAGAAUAAAGCCCAGGUGGCAUGUUCUGAUGAUAACAUUUUAUACCACAACAGAUACACAUUGCCAACAGUUUGGGUUAAUUAGUUUUCAGGUAAAAUGAUGGUUGCAGAUCAUGCUGCAGUGAUCCAGUCAGUAGCUUUGGAAAUUGUCUGGUUUUGUAAGUUAUCCACUGGACAACCCGGCAAACCUUGUUAGUACUGAUUUACUGUUCACCAGUAGAUAUGCACAUCAUCAAACGGGCAUUUUGUAACAUGGAAUUUUCUAUGAGUAUCUAGAAAAAAAGCAUCAUAGUUGUAUCCAUAGUAAAAAUACAUAUAUUUGUAAUGAUAGUUACAGAUUUUAAUUUAAACUGCUCUAAGCUAUUCUGUUCUAGAAAUGCAUUAACACUGUAUUAACAGCUGAUCAGCAAAGGGUUCUGGAAAGAAGAAAGGCCAUCUCUGCAUUUCUUACUUAAGAGUUUCAAGGCACAGCAAAACUUGCCAGUGUGAAUGCAUAAAGUAAAACUGUUGUGCUUUUUAUUUUUAUCUUUGGGGGGUUUUUUUCUUUAAAGUAUUUAACUUCACAUGAAAAAAAUAGAAUAUAUUUAAAAUAGUGGUAACUAGAAAUGCAUCUCUUCAAGAAUUAGAGGUGUGUCAUUUGAGAAAUAAAGUGGUCUUUUGUGUUUAA